AUGUCUCUUUUCAACUGGCCGAGAGCCACUCCCGAUGAACUGCACGCCUUGACAGCCGAUUAUUUGAAGACUGAGCUGGAUCGAAGAGGACUCGAGACGACGGGUUCCAAAGACGAAAUAGUGGAGCGUCUACAUCGAGCAAUCGAGUCUGAGCGGACACAUCAAGUAGACACCACCGACAUCCCACAAGUGUCGACGCUUCCCAAUACCGCUUCAUCGCAACCUUCAACAGAUACUACAGCACUUCUAGCGGCCUGCAUUCAGCAAAACGCCGAGCUCAUCCAAAUGCUGCAGGGCUCUGGACGUCAACAGCCCAUGCAAGUGGCAACACUACCAGACUUGUCCGCGUCCAUUCCUACGUUUGAAGACAGUAGGAACGCAUCCUCUAAGCGGUGGGUGGAGGAAUUAGAAAAAACUCAACAACUUGCAGCAUGGCAGGAUUCGACUGUACGUGCCAUCGCCAUCAGUAAACUACGCGGCACCGCAAAAAACUGGCACCUCGCAGCCGGACACAAAUUUCGCACGUGGGAAGCCUGGAAAGCCGCCUUCCAGACGCAGUUUAGCGACGCGAUGACGAUCGUGGAAUGGCAAACCAAAGUUGCAGAACGCAUACAGGGACCGCAAGAGACUCUUCAUCAGUAUAGCUUUUCUAAGCUAAGGGUUCUAGCACGCAGUCCUGUACCCCUGACGGAUCAACACAAGAUUGAGUACCUUCUGCAGGGUGUAAAAGACAUAGCGCUAGCGACGUCGAUAUCAGCGCAACGUCCAAAAGCCAUUGACGAGUUCAUCGAAAUUGCGACACAGUUGGACAACACACUUGCUCACAUAAAAACGCGGCCUACAACCUCCCAGCUUCAGACAGUGAGUCGUUCUCCGACGAGCGUGCUCCCCGCAGGUGGUGCAACUGGGCGACAAACAUUCCCACGCACUGAUGGACUACAACAACCGAGACAUGAUUUUAAACGCCGCAUCACAACACUGCCUGAGGAAGAGCAGGAAGUUCGCUACACAACCAUCACGGAAAAGUAUGGGGCGCCAGCUUUUCGCCGGGGACAAGAUAUCCGUGAUGCCACCUGCUACAAAUGCAAACAAAAAGGGCACUUAGCAGCACACUGCCCAAGCCAGACUACAGCAGCGCAGCGAGAGACUAAACCUCAGCUACCUGCUCUCCCAGCUUGCCACAGUCACCUAUUGGAGGGAUCGCAAGUAAUGUGCCCCAUGGUGUCAGCAGCAAUUGACGGAUAUGGGCCUCUUUACGCAUUCCCUGACAGCGGUUCUAAGAUGACCAUAAUCUCAGACAAAAUUGCUGAAAAACGAGAAGUCAUUCCAUGGAAAGGACCGGCUCUGUCGGUCGUGGGAGGAGGACAGGUCACUCCCGUGGGAACAACACAAAUCGCUGUUACCAUCGCCGGGAUUAAAGGAAUUGUAUGGGCAGCCAUCCUUUGCCGGAACGUUCUACCAUUCAUCCUUGGUGAGGAGUGGUUCCUUGCAGCUCAAGCUGAGCUCCACGUAAAACCGCCCUACCCCUCUGAAAUCCGCCAUCCCGCAUCCGGCACCACGGUAUACUGCGAAGAGCGCCUGGUCCCGCAGAUGCUUAAUGCCGUUAUCCUUCAGUCGCCUGGAUUGAGUGCGUUCAUCAACUCAUCAGUUCAGAGCAGUGGUCUACGAUCCAACCCUGUUUUCGCGGACGAGAAGAGCCACUGGACAGCGCUGGAAUGUCCAAAAGACAAGUCACAAUCACAGGCCAACUCACCAGCAGAGCCUCCUGCACAGCCUUUUCUUUCUGACAGCACACUGGGCCCCCAAUUAACAGAGCCCGAACGGUCACAGCUCAGACAAGUUAUUGACCAGCAUGCUAACGCUUUUGCCAGAAAUGAACAUGAUCUUGGAUAUUAUACAGCUACUCAGCAUGAAAUCCAACUUGUAGAGGGAGCACAACCUUACAGCCGACAGUCUUACCACUAUUCCCAAGACGACCGCCGUUACCUAGAAGCUGAAACUACUCGACUCCUGACCACGGGUAUCAUCGAAAGAUCAGCAAGUGCUUGGGCAUUUCCCGCUGUAGUAGUAACUCGUAACAACAAAAAGAGACUUUGUGUCAACUACAUUCCUCUAAACCGUCUCACAGUACCAGUUGCUCAACCCCUGCCAAGAGCCGAAGACCUCAUGCAGGACGUCAGCGGAUGUGCGUUGUUUGGCACACUAGACCUCAAAUGUGCCUACUGGCAGAUAGGCCUUAAGAAGGAGGAUCAGCACAAGACAUCGUUUAUGACUCACAACGGAACUUAUCAGUGGACACGUAUGCCGUUUGGCCUUCGUAACGCGCCAGCAACCUUUCAGAAGGCUAUGUCAAACAUCUUAGAGAACCUAGAACCCCGCCACCCAAAGUGCGGUGUUCGAGUGUAUCUGGAUGACAUCCUGUUUGCACAAAAUGUUCCAGAAUUCCUCCGGCUCCUUCGGGAAGUGCUGACGUUAAUACUGAGAAAUGGACUAAAAAUAUCGCCAACUAAAUGUUGCCUCGCUGUGACAUCUAUUAAAUUUCUUGGCUACAUAAUAUCUGGCACUGGGAAAUCUCCUGACCCUGCUAAAGUUGAAGUACUUCUGCGCACUCCUGCACCUACAACAACCAAGGCAGUUCUCUCUUGGAUUCAGACUGCUGGAUUUUAUAGAAGGUUCAUUCCGGGAUUUGCAAAAAUAGUCUACCCGUUGCAAUCCAUCGUCAGAUCUGGAGAAUACAAGUGGACUGAGGAAUGCGAACAGGCCUUCCAGACAAUUCGCAAGUCACUGACCAGUGCACCGGUCCUGGGACAUUUCGACCCCAAAUCGCCCACAACAGUAGCUACAGAUGCCUCCGGCAUUGCGCUAGGCGCUGUGCUUUCCCAACAGCAACAGGGGAAAGAAGUAGUUUUAGAGUACGCCAGCCGGUCAUUGACACAGCAUGAAAAACACUUACACAGCAACGUACUUGAAUGUUUGGCUGUACACUGGUCCGUAACCCUGAAGUUCCGGUCAUACCUACUGACAAUCAAAUUCUGCAUACUAACCGACAAUUGGACAGUUGCAUGCCUCACUUCAAGCAUGAAGCCGUCCAGACGAUUUACAUCCAUGCUUAUGGAUCUCACGGAAUUUGACUUUACAGUACAGCACCGUCCCGGCCGUAUGAACGCUGUAGCAGACCUCUUGUCUCGACUAUCCUGUGCCACUUUAACACCUACUACCUUGAGUCAAGCGCAACAAGCAGACCCCGAACUUAAGCAGAUCAUGUCAGAUCUUCAAUACUCAUCAGAGAGCGACAGCUUAUUCGUUGUAACUGAGGACAUCUUGUAUCGUCGAAUGAACUCUGGUUCACUCGCCAUUGUGCUUCCAAGGAGCAUGCGACAGGCUGCUUUGGAGUUAACCCAUGACGGAAACGGUCACAUGAAUCAUGAGCGCACGCUCGCAAAAGUAAAAGCUCGUUACUGGUGGCCACAAAUGCGAGCAACUGUGAAGGACUAUGUAACCGCUUGCCACACCUGCCAGUUUGGAACGCCAGACCACGUUCUCACAGACCAUGCCAAGUGUUUCGAAUCCAAGGACUUCACAAACUUCUUGAAGCACCACGGCAUCGUACUGCACCACUCAGUGGCAUACCGUGCAGCAAGCAACGGUAUGGUGGAACGCAGCAAUGCUACACUAGUCGCUGUAUUGAGGAAACUUUGCCAGCAACACCCUCACGAGUGGGAGAAACAUGUGCGAGAGGCAGCAUUUGCCAUUAACAUGUCAGUGAACGCCUCCAUGGGAUUUUCACCCUUUCAAUUGCUCCAUGGAUUUACCCCAAAGCUUCCGCAACAACGUGUACGACCCAGAGAUGAGAGUACCCUCGAGGAACGUCUCAGCCAACUAAGUGAGAACCGGCAUACAGCGCUCGCGACAUCUGAAGUAGCCAGUGACGCCCGCAAGGACCGUUACGACCGCACUCACCGCCCCAAGGAAGUCUCCGUUGGUGACAUCGUCUGGCUACAACGCCAGGAGCCAGUACUGGACAUGUGUACUAAGUUGGCCCCUCGAUUUAAAGGCCUGUACAGAGUAACUGAGAAGAAAACCCCUUCUACGUACAAAGUUACUCGGCUCAAUACCAAUUCACUUCGUCAUACGCCUGACGAACGUGUCGUGCAUAUAAGUCAGGUAAAACCAUACCGGCCGCCAUAUCAAGACCCUUUACUGUUUAGUCAACAUGACCCAUCAUCACACUAUCGCGGGAGCGAACCACUAGCUGAUACUGCCGCGGGCACGCCUACCCCUUCGUGUGAGACACUCGCACCACCGGAACAUGGAGCACUGGAGCACCAUACACCUCCCGAGAAUCCUGCGCCUGUGCAACCACGGCGAGUGAUUAAAAUUCCGCGCCGUUUUCAAGACUACGAACUGUCCAGUGACUGA